AAAAUGGCGGAAGUACGUGCGUGCUAAAAAUAUCCUUUCUUGUAACGACUUGUUUCCGACAUUAAUCGUGCUAAUUCUAAAAAAAAACCUGACUUUUAAUUUACUUCCCAAGCUAUAACGAGGACUUCCAUGACUUUACAUUAAGUAGAAAGUCAAGUUUUUUGUCUUUACUUUAUAAUUUAUCAGUGAUACGUACUGCACUGAAUUCUUGGAAAUGAGCUUCUUGCAUAACUUGUACAGAAAGGUUAUUCCUGACGGUAGCUCUAGAAGGACAAAUUCCUCUGUUAAUUGUAAUGAUAAUACUGAAACGCCAGUUUUUGAAGACUUUGAUAGUGAAGAUGGAUUCGUAGUUUAUACAGAAAAGACUUCUACAGCUGCUAAUAGGCAAACGUACGGUGUUCAAGAACGAAUUGAGUACAAUACUUUACAGACGAAUGCUACUCAAGGAAGUUACAAUCCUUCAGGUUUAUCUGGUUUGUCGUCUCCAUGUUCGUCCAAAACAAAUAUGAUCUUAACUUCACGAGGAGUAAAAGAGCACCGAUCUUCGACGUUUUUAACUGUAUCGGAUAUCCCGCUAAGACUUUGUAAGCAUUUGGAAAUGAUUCAGAAUUCGACAAAAGGUUUAACAUACCAUAGUUCACCUCCUAUACAUAUCGAGGACUAUUUAUAUGACUUUGGUCUUGAAAGAACAGUCAUAAAUACCGCAUAUGAUGGAGGCAAUACUAGAGGAAAGAGAUGAUAGAAUGGUGUCAAAUGAGUGAUGAUAAUGGAGUGACGACAGAAAGAUCUGGCUAGUCUGUUAAGUACAAGUCAAGGUCUGUCUAAAAACUUAUAAAUCAGAAUGAAACCAAGGCAAAAAGGCAGUGUACGAAUCUAGGCGAGAAUCUUCGUAUAUAACAUUGUAAUAUAAUGAGCACUAUCUUUGAAUUUUCACAAGUGAAACAUAGGAAGAAGACCACUUCCAUAAAUGUAAGCACCAGCACCACCUCAAACUAUCUGUCGUCAUCUAUAUUUUACUGUUCUGUGCUUUGCUGCGUGGACCACUUCUCGUCGUGAAAACAAAUAACCGAGCGUUCAGCGUCGUUUCUAGGCGUUCAUAUUCGUAAAAUCUUGCAGCCCUCUUAUUUUUGUUGCCUAAAACUGUCGUAUUUUGUUGCUAUGACUCCUGGUUUAAAACUAAUUCCAGGUGCAGAUCUAAGACAGGUUUACUCCAUCCUUGCUCCUACCCAUCCGUCUCUGCCCAUAAAUGCCUUAAUGUCAGGGACGGCUGAGGUCAAAUCUUUGGGUGCGUGGGAUAGGAAGGGGAGGGGAGGGGAGGGGAGGGGAGGACUGCAGUCCCCCACUUGAACAACUGUUCCGCCGUCCCUGAAUGUGCGGAACAUCACAUCUCCACGAUCAUUGUAAAACUUGGCACCAACUUUGUACUCAAAAUCCUAGAAGUUCCUAUGAACUUCUACUCGUGGUCCAAGUCGUCUUGAUGAACCACUGAUUCAAAUAUAAUGAAGUCUUUCGGUAAUCAUUUUCUUUAGCCCUGAGACUGAGUAUGUCUUGUUGAUGAUUACUUGACUUUUAAUAAAUUGUAACAUGAAAUUAAAAAGGUCUGACUAAAAUGACGAUGAUUCUUUUGAAAAUAAUUUCAUUGACAACCCUUGUUAAUAUCUACAGUAAACAAGCGUGGAUGCGCUGAUUACAAAACCAAAUCAUUUAUUCUGAGAAUAAAGAUAAAUAUUAGCAAACACUGAAA